AUGGUUUCUGAAUCCCCUGCAAAGGAAACCCUCGAGGACGCUUCAACCCCAGCGCAAUCCAAAAGACCAACCCCCAAGCACAAAUUUGAGGGCCAUGAAGAGACUAUUUCGAAUUUCAUCUUCUUGCACGACAACAUCCACAUCGUGAGCGGUUCGCUGGACUGCAUGAUGUAUAAGUGGGACUCGAACACAGGGCUUCCUGUCGGGGAACCAUGGGCAGGCGAGGGCGGAUACAUAGAUGCCCUGUCGCUUUCACCGGACGGCAAGACAAUUGCAUGCGGGAGGGAGGUGCGGUCACUCUCAUGGUCUCCCAGCGGAGACCAUCUUGCCAGUGGAUCGAACGAUGGAACAAUCCUCGUUCGAAAAGCAAAAAGCGGAGAAAUCGAGUUGGGCCUCAUCGAGACGAAGCAGGGCAGAGUAUUUGCUCUUGCAUAUUCACCUUCUGGCGAGAAAAUUGCUUCAGGCGGAGAUACUACGAUUUGCGUUUGGGAUACUAAGACCGGGCUGCUUGUUGUCGGCCCCAUCGAAGAGCUGGCAGCCUAUGUGACGUCUGUUGUGUGGUCGUUGGAUAACUCCAGAUUAUACGCAGCCUCCGACAAAUUCGUACGUAUUUUCGACAGCAACUCAGGCAUGCAACUCCACCACUUCGAGUCCAGCUUCGACUGGCUCGAGACCAUUCGGCUGCAACAACGCCCUAAGCGCAGCUUCUUCGCGCGGCACACAGGACCAGAGGCUGUAACGGUCUCACCCGGAAGACGCAAACAGAGGAUCUACGUCGCCCCUCCCCCUCCACCAUCGGGCGAAAACACCAACACUAAUGCUCUGGCGGGUCAGUCAUCUUCUGCAGAGCAGCCACACGCGAAGUUCCACGUGCCACAGCAUACUCAGAAUACUCAGACACAGUCUGACACUCAACUUGCACAAGAGGACUGUGGUUGUUUGGGCAACUUUUGCCUUGCGUUGUGCAUCGCAUAGUGCCCUCCGCGGUUCGGCCUGCUGCAUCCAUGAUACCACCCUAGCAAGUCAUUUCCUGUCCUGUAUCUCAAUCCACUGUACGGCACGUGUAACAACUUUGCCUUGAUGCCCCCUCAUUUCCGGAUACGAAUUUCACGUACUAAUUGCUUAUCUGGGUCUAUAUUAUUAUACCUUAGUGUCUGUGAUAACACAUCCGUCGUAGACAUGUCUGACUGGGACUCCGGCGGAUCGUACUCAUAGCCUGGCUGCAGAGACUCUAUAAGUAGUACAUAUACUGUGCCUUGCAUGUACAGAUUAAUAGCCUUUCUGACGGGACAUUUUC